UGCAGUUUCUUUCAAUAUAUCAAUUGCUAAUAAUAUGUUAAAUGUUUCUGCACUACAAGACCCAUGUGUAGAAAUUACCAGUACAGGAAAAUAUACAAAUGGAAGCUCCUUUGCUAUAAUACAAAUAACUUCUGCAGAACUAUUAUGCUAUAGUGACAUAGCAGGUGUUCAAGAUACCAGAAGGAGUUUUGUUUGGUUUAUGUCACCUCAAGAAUAA